AAAAGAAAAAAAAAGGAAAAGAAAAAAAAAAGGAAAAGAAAACCAGACCCAGUGUGAUGGAAGAAGAUGCAAAGGGGUUUGAGUUUUUCCAGUGCCUUAUUCAUUUCUUUUGACUUUUGUUGCUUUUCCAGUAAUAUCCGUGGAACUACUAAGAAUAGCCACUUGCUGCUUCUAAGAAUAACACCAAACUACAACCUGUUUAUUUCCCAACUUUGUUUGAGAUUUACUGAAUUAUAGGAUUAAUGGUGUGAGCAGCACCAAUAAUAGGAGUAUUGGGUUAAUAGCAAAAAUAGGACUGAAACUGCUGAAACCGAAGCUUGCACUGGAAAUCAGCGUUG